GUUGAUUCCCCAGUCAAGAGGAGCAUGAUGACAGAGGCGUUAUGUCGCAGUGGCUUCAUAUCUGAGAAGAAACGGUGGUCGCUGCGAACCUUGACGUGGGAGGACGCCAGAGUACCCGGAGGGAAAACCACGCCAUCACGGGGAGGACAUGCAAACUCCACAGAGAGAUCCCGAGCCUGGAAUCGAACCCAGGACCUUCGUAUUAUGGAGCUACCACACCCUCAUUGGGUUUCCAUCCACUUAGCAUUGGAAUGCAUUUUUAAAAACUCAAGACGUCGUCGGGUUACAUUGUGGACGUCUGCAACAACAAUGUAUUAAAAGUUCUUCCCCCACCUGGAGAGAUGAUGGGCGGAGCCUCGGGUGUAUGGUAAAUGAUUCAACACCAGAGCUGCUGAGAUUGACAGCAAGAAAGAUUGAGAAGGAGAAAGGACGAGCGAGGGACAGAGGGAGGUAUAAAAGUCUGAAGAAGAGGCAUGUUGGCGGGGAAGGUGUCAUGGUUGCACAUGUGAAGAAGGUCUGAGUUCUUGCAAACUUUUCCCGAAAAUCUGACCCAAGCGACGCGGCCUCUAUGAGGUGGCCCGCCCCCCCCGUCUCUUGAUCUCACAAACAAGUUACAGUGAUGGAGGAGCUCCGGCAGCAGCUGGAGAAGCAAUGUCUCAUCAACCAGGAGCUGCAGAGGCAGAAUAAAGACUUGGAGCAACGUCUGCAGGAGAAAGAGAAACUUCUCCAGGAGCUCCACAGUCAAUAUCACAAUCUGGAGUUUCCGCCUCAGCGGGACAACGACGUCGAACCGGAGGUCAGGAAGAGUCGCGCUGCUGUCAUCGCACCAGAACCCCUCCCAGAGACGGUGGACAUCAGGAAGUCCCGGGUGAAGAAAACUUCCAGCGAGACGGGUUUGAUCGUCAAAGCCAUCCAGAAGAACGACUUCCUGAGCCGCCUGGAUGACGAGCAAAUAGCCAUGAUGGUGGAUCUCCUGGAGACCAUUAACAUCAGCCGUGGCGGCGAAGUCAUCAAAGAAGGCUCUGAAGGGGACAGGAUGUACAUAGUAGCAGCUGGCAAGCUGAUUGUCACCCAUUCAGGUCGUGUCCUCCGGACUCUAACCAGCGGUGAAAUCUUUGGAGAACUGGCGAUCCUUUACAACUGCAAACGAACCGCCACAGUCAAAGCAAAGACACAAGUGCGUCUGUGGUGCAUGGAGAGACAGAACUACAGGACCAUCAUCACCAACAAAUCCAAGAAGAAACGGGAGGAGCUUAUGGGCUUCCUGAAGACGUCUCGCACUCUGAAGGACCUGAAUGAUGUCCAGUUGUCCAAAAUCAUCGACUCAAUGGAAGAGGUGAAGUACCAGGACAAAGAUGUUAUCGUUCGAGAGGGAGCGGAAGGAAACACGUUCUACAUUAUCCUCAAAGGCGAGGUCCUGGUGACUAAGAACGUGAACGGACAUCAGAAGCAGAUUCGGAGGAUGGGGAAAGGGGAGCAUUUCGGGGAACAGGCCCUCAUACGUGAAGUGUUGAGAACAGCCACCUGCGCAGCUGAGGGCCCCGUGACCUGCUUCUCCAUCGACAAGGAGGUGUUUGAAGAGACAAUCCCAGUGGAGCAGUUGGAGUUGUUUGAUGACUCCAAGAUGCUCCAGGAGGCCAAAGAUCCUGCAAAGUCCAGUCCCAGCUCCACCCUGAGGUUUAAGGACCUGGUUCCUGUCCUGUACCAGGAGGGCCGGUAUCAAGGAGAUCCGGUCACCCUCGGAGUAGGAGGCUUCGGACGCGUUGAGCUGAUGACCGAGUUGAAUUAUGGGAAGUACUACGCCAUAAAGAGGGUGAGUAAGAAGCACAUAGUUGCCAAGAGGCAGGAGGAGCACAUGCUGUUUGAGAAGAAGAUCCUUAAAGCCCUCCAGUGCGACUUCAUUGUCAGACUUCACGCAGCCUUUAAGGACACACGUUACAUCUAUAUGGUGAUGGAGUUCUGCGGGGGCGGCGAGAUCUGGACCAAACUUAAAGAAGUUGGGCGUUUUGACGAGCAGAUCGCCAUCUUUUGCACCUCCUGCGUGGUGGAGGCCUACGCCUACCUCCACAAGAAAAGCAUCAUGUACCGAGACCUGAAGCCAGAGAACCUGAUGUUGGACGUGCGUGGCUACGUCAAACUGGUGGACUUUGGUUUUGCCAAAGAGUUGGUGCGUGGAGAGAAGACGUACUCAUUUGUUGGUACUCCUGAAUACAUGGCGCCGGAGAUCAUCAAGAACCAGGGACAUGACUUCGCUGUUGACUUUUGGUCGCUUGGCAUCCUCAUCUAUGAGCUCCUGGUGGGAAGCCCUCCCUUUUCGAGCUCGGAGCCUCAGAAGAUUUACUCCAAGAUUCUGGAUGGCGUGCUGAGUUAUCCUCCAUACUUAAGUGAAGCAGCCAAGUCCAUUAUUAGCAAGCUGUGCAGACCCCGGCCAGGCCAGAGGUUAGGAAACACUAAGAAUGGCAUCAAAGAUGUCCGAAGUCACAGGUGGUUUGGUAACAUGAACUGGCACAAGCUGCGUAUGGCUCAGCUGGACGCUCCCACGCUCCGCCUCAUACGCAAGGCGAGUCAAUCCCUUCCACCUCACCUUGACGCCUUAUUUAUGCUCUGCGAGUGGACCCAUGUUUUCUUUCUCCCUCCCACUUUAGGGCCCCUGCUACAUCAAUUUUGACCGCUUCCCUCAAGACCAGACCAAGGCAGACGAGGAGUUGUCCGGUUGGGACCGUGACUUCUAAGCCGUAUGACGCUGCCCAAAAAACAAACAAACUGAAUUAUUGAAGUACAGCAUCCAAAACAAGAUGAUAAAACACCACGGUGCUGAAAGAAAACUUGGGAAAACCCAACUUGCAUUCUCAAAGGGUUUUUUUUUUUUAGGCCAACCAAUGACUUUCAUGUUGACAAUUUUCAUGAUAAUCCACCCCAGUCACCAGCUCGAAAUAAAAAACAAUUCCAACCAAAAAACAUGAAAACAUUUGCGAGCUUAUAUUAGCAUUGGUAGUUGGAAAAUAACAGAUUAAACCUAAAAAAAAAUAUCUCUAUUUCAACUGAAAAUAUGAUACACUGUCAUUUUUAUUGUUGCAAUGCAAUUAUCCUAGGACUAAUUUAGCCAGGAGGUACAGUCUAUAUCAGGGGUCCCAAAACUUUUUGACUCGGCGG